CAACAGAGCGCCAGUGCUGGAAAUGUGUCCCGAAACUUCAAUGCGAUGUUCUGGAAGGUGAUUAACUAUGCGCGAGGCAUAGUGGAAUGAUGCCUUCUGUCAGGUGUGGUUUUACAGAGGUCUCGAAUCAUUCAUCGGUGGACACAAUGUGGGACCCUAACAACUCCAAAUCUGAGAAGGUGAAUGCAACCAAGGCGGCUGACUGCGGAUCGGUUUCGGUUGCCUUCCCCUUAACCAUGAUGAUCACGGGCAUUGUUGGCAAUUCACUAGCGCUCUUGCUGGUUUACAACUCGUAUCGGAAGAAGGAAAACAAAAGGAAAAAGUCUUUUUUGCUUUGCAUAGGAUCUCUGGCAUUAACCGACCUAUUUGGACAGCUUCUCACAAGCCCUAUAGUAGUAUCUGUCUAUCUAUCCAAUAGGCAGUGGGAUCGGAUAGACCCGUCGGGGAAGCUGUGCGCCUUCUUCGGGGUUUGCAUGACCAUGUUCGGACUGUGUCCUUUGUUUUUAGCUAGUACUAUGGCAGUCGAAAGGACAUUAGCCAUUAGAACCCCUCACUGGUAUUCGAACAACAUGCGAACAGCUAUCACUAAAAUGGCAUUAACUAGCAUCUGGGGUUGCGUGUUAGUGUUUGCCCUUCUCCCGAUAGUUGGAGUUGGGGAAUACACCUUGCAGUGGCCGGGGACGUGGUGCUUUAUCAGUACCGGUGACGGUCAGAUUACAGGCAAUACAUUUUUUGCUUCAAUAUUUGCUAUUCUUGGCAUAUGUUCAUUAAUUGUGACUUUCGCUUGCAAUGCUGUAACUAUCAAAGCCCUAGUAUCUCGAUGUAAAGCUAAACCAGCGGCUUCUCAGUCGGGCAAGCAGUGGGAGAGACUAACUGUGGAGACUGUCAUUCAGUUGAUGGGGAUUAUGUGCGUGCUUUUUGCCUGCUGGUCCCCCCUCCUGAUAAUGAUGCUGAAAAUGAUUUCAACUCAGACAUCCUCCCACCAGUGCAAGCAAACAUCGUCCAGUUUAUUGCAAAACGUAGAACUGCAGAAGGAUUGUAACUUCUUCCUCACCGCUAUCCGCCUGGCAUCGCUCAACCAAAUCCUGGACCCCUGGGUUUAUUUAUUGCUAAGGGAAAUACUUCUUAGGAAAUUCUGCCAGGUGGCUAAUGCUGUUUCAAGCUGCUCCAUGGAAAGGAACAAAGAGACCCCAAUAUCAGCAGAUUCAAAGCAACAAACAGCAGACAUGGGUAUGAUACAAAAACAGUAAAGAAUUGAGAUUUCUAUUUAAUUGUGAGAAUGUCAACAUAUUGUGAAGACUACUGCUGCUUUUAUUGUGUUAAUGUGAAAACAAUGUUCAUAUUUUUUUUACGCUGCUCAAUAUGUGCCAAAUGUACAGAGACAGAAGUUUCCACUGAUCCAAUUCCACCAAACAGAAACCUUUUUAAAAUGUGAGCUUAAAGCCGUAGCCUCAAGCAAAGCAUAUUUUAAAGACAAUUUUGGUUUGCUCAGUGCUGCAAAGUCAUUUGCCAUCUGAAUUUGGGUAUUAAUGUACCUAAUCAGAAGUUGUGAUUUUAUUACAAAUUGGGGCUCUUAUGGACGCAUUAUUUAAGCUAUUAUACAGUACCUAGGAUCUGCAUCGAGUAGGAUACAGCCUGCUAAUACUAUUGGUAAGACUGCAGCGAGCACUGCUCUUUGACUACUACAUUAUUCACUUAAGCAUAACAAGGUAUAAUAGGGAAUUUAAGAGCUUUUAAUUACAUAGCAUUUGGUGGAAAAUGCUAAACUGAUUCAAAAUCUUAAGGGUACUGAUAUUUCCAAGUGCUGGAACUGCAGCGGUACUUACUACAGGACAACCAUUAACAUUGGCCUUUAGACCAGACGAAUAAUUCCUUUGAAUGAACUAUUUAAAGAAAUAUAUAUAUAUAUAUAUAUAUAUACUGUAUAUAUUUGUUUAUUUAGCAGACACCUUUAUCCAAGGUGACUUACAGAGCCUAGGGUGUGUGAACUAUUGAACUAUGCAUCAGCUGCAGAGUCACUUACAACUACGUCUCACCCGAAAGAUGGAGCACAAGGAGGUUAAGUGACUUGCUCAGGGUCACACAAUGAGUCAGUGGCUGAGGUGGGAUUUGAACCGGGGUCUUCCUGGUUACAAGCCCUUUUCUUUAACCUCUGGACCACACA